AUUAGGCGACAUAUUUUAAUGUUUCGAAUUAUUAAACUGAGCUAAGUGGUACAAAUAAUAGUCAAUGCGUGAACUGGCUCUUUGAUUGCUCCAUGCUGUUAAAGAUGAGAAGCAAAGACUGGGAGAUAGGCUUGAACGCAGGCUAUUGGGGGCCGUUGCAUAGAUAGGAGAUUUAUAUUUGGGCUCUGAAGAAUCACUGCCUAUGAUCGUAUGGCACUCACCCCUAAUCUCCACCUGGGUAGAAACAGGGAUCUAAGGAAGGCGAUUUAACGAAAGCACAUUGCUGUCCCAGGACUGGAGAGGUCCUGGGACUAUGGAUGUCCUGGGACUGGAGCGGUCCUGGGACUAUGGCUGUCCUGGGACUGGAGUGGUCCUGGGACUGGUGUGGUCGCCCAUAGCCCACCAAAGACCGGGACGGUGCAGUCCACACUGCGAUGCUUUAGGCUGCUCGAGCGCGUGGGGAAUCUCGUCCAUGUUCAUUGGUUCAGGGGGCACGCGACCCAGAGUCUUCCAGGGCGUCGCCGUUAGCCCUGUUGAAUGCCUCCCGUCCGCAACCAUUGCUGAAAUCUUCUUCCUGCACGAACGGGCUUACCGCAUCGGAAUCUACACCUUGCUUCUCCUUGGUGGCAAGAACCUGGUGCCUUUAGUUAGCGCAGCCAUCAUCGGCAGCUUUGGGUGGCGAUGGGUUUUUUGGAUCAUGGCCAUGAUUAUUGGUUUAGGCGGUGUUCUCCUCUUCCUGUUCGUCCCUGAAACUUUUUGGGAUCGAACUCCUCAUGCCCGACCACGACAUCCCUCAAAACGGCCAGGUUUUCUUCCUCGGCUUUCAUCUCGUCACCGGGCACCAGAAACCAGCUCUCACUUGCCUCCAGCAGACGACGUCCCUAACACCCCUUCGCCUCCGGACGCUGUGUUGGAGAAGCACAACGCUUCCCAUGUAGGUUUCGCUCCCGAAGCCCAUGCCGAUGGGCAGCAGACCCCAGCUUCUGAAACCGUGCAUCGACAAAGGGAUGUUCACGUGGGGCUUGCACAGUCCUCGGGCAUUGGGCGUAUCCACGAAUCUGAGAGUGUCCAUCCCGACAACAGCCACCGUCUAUCCUCCGACUCACCCAAAGCGGCGCUGCCUGCGUCCGACGAAAUGGCUGCGGCCAACUCUCCUUAUUUCACCAGUACGACAGGGAGCGAAUCUAACGCCAACUCUUUCAAAUCAGGGCCCAAACUUGAAAGCGAGGGAACUACCAGUUCUCAACUCAGAGGGCAACUCAAGGUUAUGGCUCGGCCCUUCAUCCUGUUUGCAUAUCCAGCGGUCCUCUGGUCAUCGGCUGUGUAUGCUUGCUCGGUCGGUUGGCUCAUCGUGAUUUCUGAAUCGAUAGCAAUGAUCUACCGCGAUCCGCACCUUUACAAAUUCGAUGCCCUUCAGACUGGCCUGGUUUAUAUUUCGCCAUUCGUUGGUGGCAUCCUGGGUACUGGCGUCGCGGGCAAAGUUAGCGACAUAAUCGUCAGAGCCAUGGCUCGACGCAAUGGCGGGCUCUACGAGCCCGAGUUCCGCCUCGUUAUGGCUGCGCCCAUCCUCAUCACAACAUGCGUGGGUCUAAUGGGCUUUGGAUGGUCGGCGGAGGAGAAGGACCACUGGAUGGUUCCCACGAUCUUCUUCGGCGCUAUCUCGUUCGGAUGUUCGCUUGGAUCGACAACAGCCAUCACCUUCUGUGUCGACAGUUACCGCCAAUACGCCGGAGAAGCAUGGGUGACGCUCAACUUUGCGAAGAAUGUUCUGCAUGGCCUGAUAUUCAGCUUGUUUGUGACACACUGGCUCAGGGCAGACGGUGCGAAGAUGGUCUACAUCUGGAUCGGCAUCAUUCAGCUGCUUUUAAUGCUAUGCCAAUCCCAAUGUAUGUUUACGGGAAGCGGGCGCGCAUGUGGACGGUUCGGGUCAGCUUGA